UAUGUUUGUCAGACUCAAAUCCGAGGGAGAGGAGCUAGCCGCCAUUUUCUAAGCGUCUCUCCCUAAAACGAGAGAAAAGGGCUCGCGACAAACUGCCAUCUGGACUUACUUUCGCUUACUGAGAAUCGGAUUUUUUGGUGACGGAUUGCUGUGAAAUCGCCUUCAUUUUAAGUAAUUUGGGCUAGAAAGGACUGUUUCACGGCCUUGUCUUAUAUUCGCUGUAGCGGCGAGGCGAGCUAGCUGGCGAGCGAGCAAGGUGUAGAUCGUUGAUUCGCCCAUUGCCUGAAUCCGGAACGAACCCAAGCGGCUCCGUGAACCGGGCCUAUUUGGCUACUGGGUUGCAUUUUUGGAUUAACGAAUGGCAAAGUGAUCGAAUCUAGCCGCGUUUUUAUGAUAGCACCCUUGGGUUUUUUCACCAAAACUGCAGGGGAUUGUUGCCGAAAUUCCCUCGGAUAGUGCAACCUCGUCACGUGGCUGUCCUCUGGUGGGGCAGUAAGCGGGUGGUGUGGAGCAGGCCGCGGUGCCCGUCCCUCUGCACUGCAUGGCUGCGAUGGCGCCCGCUCUCACCGACGCCCCAGCCGAAGCUCACCACAUCCGCUUCAAACUGGCUGCCCCCUCCUCAAGUCUCUCACCGGCCAGUGCAGAGAACAACGGUAACGCCAGCAACAUCCUUAUCCAUAGCAGCGGCACAGCGAAGUGCAAGGCCACCCCAGAAGAGUGCCCCCUUGACUUUUGUGUUGGUGAUCAGGAGCAGCAGCAGCAGCAGCCCCAAGCCGACUCUGUGGCCCAGGCCUCUGCGCUGGGCAAGCUCCAGCCACUGGUGGCUUCUUAUCUAUGCUCUGAUGUGACCUCUGUCCCUUCAACUAAGGAGUCAAUCAAGUUGCAAGGAGUCCUCAUCAAACAGUCUGUGUUGAAAAGCCACAGAAUAUUGCCCAGCUCCCUGCUCAACGGAGGAGGGGACUUCCUGUUGAGGAAGAGGCAGGCAAUAGAACUCUCUGGCGGCCAGCUCAAAAGCCUCAUGAGUGGCAGCACAAACGGUGGUGGCCAGCCCAUGGCACCUGUCAAUGGCCUGGCCAAGAAGCUGGCCACUAUGUCUGGCUCAGGCUGUGUGGUUGCAGUGAAUGGUGACAAGCCCUCUGCUGCCACAGACUCCCAGCCCCAAAACCUGCCCUUGGACUCUGAGACCUUGACGGCUACUUUAUCAGGGCAUAUCCCAUUGAAAGGAACCCUAAAACAGAAGCAUUCCUCAGGGGUUUCUCAAAAUACAGAUGGAAAAAACCUUGACUCAGCAGUGCUUCAGUCAGCCGCACUUUCUCCCUUUACCCAUGACAACCCUAACCCCACUGAACAAGUCAAUUUGGAGGAGACUGAUUUACACACACCUAUCAGUCAACCACAGGGGUCUGAUAGGGAGAGACCAGGUAGCAGCCACCAAGGCUCCCCAUCCUGUACACAUGCAACACAGCCCCCCCUUCCUUGUAGUUCUUCUUCAGACAGCCUUGAAGCCCAUGUUAGGGAUCGCACCCUUCUCAGCACCAACAGGCAAGCAGAGAUUGAAAGCCGCCUACGACGCCUGCGCAAACGUCUUCAGGUUGUACAGGCCAAGCAGGUGGAACGGCACAUUCAGCAGCAACUGGGUGGCUUCUUAGACUCAGCUCUCAGCCGGCUACUGACUGGUAACCGCAAGUCAGAGACCACAACCCCCACAGCUACAUGGAGGACUGGACGCCAUUCAUCCUCAAACAACAGAGAUGGCCUCAGUCGCUUCCUGAAAAGUGGCUCCAUGCCCUUGGAACUGGAAAGGCUGUACCUCAGUGGAUCAGCUAACCUUCACUCAGCAGAAAGAGCCUUUGACUCAGAUGUGACAGAAAGUAGUUCUGGGGGGGACUCUGACAUGGAGGAGGAGGAGCUGGCAAGGGUGGACAUUGAGCAGCGACAUGUUAAAAUAUGGAAACGGGCAGAGAGCCGCUACACGGUGGAGAGAGCCGCCAUCAUAAGCCACUGGAACUGGCUUCAGGCCCAUAUCUCGGACCUGGAGUAUCGCAUCAGACAGCAAACAGACAUCUACAGACAGAUUCGUGCCAGCAAGGGCUCUGUAGAGUUGGGAGGUGUUGCUCCCAGUGCAGUGACUGCUGGUGUAACAGAAGUAAAAUCAGAACCUGUAAAUACUCAGGAUGUUAGUUCAGAACGGCUGGAGCACACAGUCACCGCCCACAUCACCAACGCAGAGCCUGGCUCCUGGAAAGGUCAAAAUGGACAGCCCGUUAAUGGUGUGCUCAGCAGGGUGGCAGAGAGUCCAGAUACCAAGCACCAACAGCCUUUGGCCUAUGACAGCACAUGUGUGGCUGCUCGAACGCGACCACUAGUCAGCUGUCGACGACGGCGGCUCAUUCAGCCAAACACUGUGCCCAACCUAAAUGGCAAGGCCCAGAGAAGCAGCUGUAUCCAGUGUAACUGCAGGGUUAACCCCAGCUGUGUGAUGUGUGGUGGCUGGCCCACCCCCAGAGAAGACCCACAGUAUGAGCUGCCUACCCUGGAGCGCCUGUCAAGACUGGAUCUUGGCGUACACCCUAUUCUCUCCUUCCCUGACGAUGUUUGUAUAGGCUUACGUCUGCAGCAGGUGAUGAAGAGCCAGUGGCAGACUAAAUCACUGGAGAGAAGCAAACCACUCAAGAAGCUUUCCCUCAAACACAAGCUUUCCACGUCCAAAGAAAAGCACAAGUUCACCAACUCACUAAUGGCAGUCAGACUGGGCCACUAUAAGAGCCGUGGUGAGAAGCCAAGGACACUGGAGAGCAGCGUCAGUAGCAGCAGUGCUGUGAUGAACACACCCAGACUUGAGACCCAGCCUGUGUGCAAGACUGAGCGGCUGCAGGCCAUCUCCACUCCCUUAGGGCCCUACGACAAAAACUACAGCCGCAAGAGAUUAAGAGAGCACUCACUGGACAGGACUGACUCAUCUCCAAAGCUGUUCGUGGACUCGGCCAGCCCUUGCCCAACGAUGGCCAACAUGCACCCAUCCCUCCACAGCCCCCUCACACGCCAGCUGUCCACUUCUUCAGAGAACUCCACGCCACUGGGCCCAAGCAGCCAAGGCAUCCCCAACACACCUCAGCAGCCCAUUAAAAGGAGGCGAGGUGAAAGCUCUUUUGACAUCAAUAAUAUUGUCAUCCCUAUGUCUGUGGCUGCUACGACCCGAGUGGAGAAGCUGCAGUACAAAGAGAUCCUCACACCCAGUUGGCGAGUAGUGGACAUCUUUUCCCAGCCCAUAACUGAAGAGGAGGAUGAACGGGAGGUGGAGGACUUGACUGAUGCAGCCUUCAUUCAGCUCCACCAGCCCUACGAGGACCAGGAGCGUUCCCGCUGGACUUGGAUGGCUUUAGCUCCUGCGAAGCGACGGGGCAGCAGGUCAUACAAAUCUGUGGAUGGACGAACCACACCGUUGCUGUGCGGGACCAACCCUCCCACCCCUCAGCCUGCGUCCCCAGACCCAGGCCACUGUCCUAUUCUCCACGACUACAGCUAUGUGCCCUCGCCCAUGAGUCCAGCCAGCCCCGACACCGCCUCCAACCCCCACACACCCUGCUCCAGGGACUCCCAUCGGCUGCUGUCGAGCGAGGACACUCGGUGCUCCACGCCUGACUUCACCUUUGAAGAAAGAACUGUGGCGCCAUGGGAACGUCGAAGCUUCCCCCUGCCAGAAGACCCAGCCCCAGAGCCCGAGGCAGAGAGCGAUCAUCACAUCAGGCCCAGAAUGCGAAGCAUCUCAGGUUGCCGAGCAACAGCCUAUGGAAGGCUGGAUUCAGAUGACAUGGACCUGCCCUGUGACGACGACGGCCCCAAACACAAGGCAUCCACCCACCGAUGAAUGACUGACAGGCUGAGGUCCCUUGCUCCCCCUACAGCUCUUCUCUGGCAUUAACAAGCAGAACCUCAAAGCAAAAUAAGAUAUUAAAUGGGUUCCUGUUGUUUGAUAUUCAAACAUCAGUCUAAUACUUUUCACAGUUUUUAGUGAAUAUUAUGGAGAUAGAAGCCUUUCCCUACACUUGUUUUUGUCACAGGAAAAAAAGGAUAAAUGUAAAAAAAAAAAAGUAUAAAACAACACGUUACAAAAAAUGAUUUCUGUAGUAGGC